AUGGGACCAAGGAAACAAAGACCUAGCGGAAACCCAUUGACAAAGCAAAUCGAGAAUCGAGUGAUAGCAUGUCUCAACAAGUACAAGGCAGCUGGCUACACUGACAUGUCGCCUGUCACUCUUCUGACCUACAUUAAUCGCAACGAACCUACAUUGCGCAGACACAAGAGUCAAGCCAUUGAGCUCGCCCUGGAGAAAGCACUUGAUGCCAUGGAAAACGAGUCGGCUAGUACACAGCCCGCUGAAUCAUCUGGAUCUGGUGAUGAAGAAGCAGCAGCAGAGUAUGCUUUGCCUGCUCAAGACGACAAUGCCAUGAACAAAUCUGUCACUAAUUUGUGGAACCUGCACAAAAGUCCAGCAAGCAGUGGUGCUGCCUCUCCAGUCAUUAAAUCAGGGGCUGCUACACCUGUAAAUGUAUCCACGCCCAUCAACGAGGAAUUGCCCAUUAUUCCUAUUGCCAACGAGGCAGAAUUACCAGCCACUAUACCUGUUAAUGACGAUAAUGCAACUGCUAAUGCUGCAGCUGUUGCCACAUCCAAAUCGAAAAAGAGAUCAAAGAUGACCAAGGACGCUGGAUCAGCGCCCAAAAGACCCAAGACUUCAUCAGAAACUAGAGAGGCACCUUUCAUCCCUAAAGCCAAGCUGUCCGAUUUAGGUGGCAUCGACCAUUGCAUUGAGGAAAUCAUGGAAUUGAUUGCUAUGCCAUUAGCACAUCCUGAGGUAUACCUUCAUACGGGUGUUCAGCCACCUCGCGGUGUGCUUUUGCACGGUCCUCCAGGUUGCGGUAAAACUAGAUUAGCUCAUGCUAUUGCCGGUGAAUUGAAUGUGCCAUUCUUCAACAUUUCAGCUCCUUCGAUUGUAUCUGGUAUGUCUGGUGAAUCUGAGAAAAAGAUCCGUGAAGUGUUUGAGGAAGUCAAAGAAAAUGCACCCUGCUUGUUGUUCAUUGACGAAAUUGAUGCCAUUACACCCAAAAGAGAGACUGCACAGAGAGAAAUGGAACGUAGAAUUGUCGCUCAACUUUUAACCUGCAUGGAUGAUUUGUCCUGGGAAAAGUCUGACAACAAGCCUGUGAUGAUCAUUGGUGCUACAAACAGACCCGACUCUUUGGAUGCUGCUCUUCGUCGUGCAGGCAGAUUUGACAGAGAAAUCAGUAUGGGUGUGCCUGAUGAAAAGGCCAGAGAAAAGAUUUUAACUGUGUUGGCAUCCAAGCUUCGUCUUGCUGGUGAUUUCGACUUUGCAGAGCUUGCCAAAGCAACACCAGGUUAUGUCGGCGCCGAUCUUCAAGCGCUCAUUACCACAGCAGGCGUUACAGCCGUAAAACGUAUUUUCAAGCACCUGCAAGCAACUACAUUUGCAGAGAGAUCCAGCACCGUGCUGGAAAAAGUAAACGAAAUUCAAAUUGACGAAAACUCGAUGGAUAUUGACGAUGCCACCAUGUCAGAAGUCGCACAAUCAACAUUAGAACAAGAUGAUACCAUAACUGACCAACCUAUCCAAACCACCACAGUCGAAGAAUUCGAAGCACAAACACCUCUCGAGCAAAUUAGAAACAUUUCAGAAUUCAUCAAGCAUAAAGAACCCUUAACGGAGGCACAACUCGAAUCACUUGCUAUUACACACGAAGAUUUCAAGCACUCGCUUAAAAAAGUGCAGCCAUCCUCCAAGCGUGAAGGUUUCGCCACGGUGCCUGAUGUGUCUUGGGACGAUAUUGGUGCGCUUCAAUAUGUACGUGAUGAACUGCGUAUGGCCGUGGUGGAGCCUAUCAAUCAUCCCGAGUUCUUUGAACGUGUAGGCAUCACCAAUCCUGCUGGUGUCUUGCUCUGGGGUCCUCCUGGUUGUGGUAAAACGUUGCUGGCCAAAGCAGUUGCCAAUGAAAGCAACACCAACUUUAUCUCUGUCAAGGGCCCUGAAUUACUCAACAAGUAUGUGGGUGAGAGUGAGCGUGGUGUUCGUCAAGUGUUUGCUCGUGCUCGUGCUUCAUCUCCUUGUGUCAUUUUCUUUGAUGAAUUAGAUGCUCUCUGUUCUCGUCGUGAUGAUCAACAAACUGACGCCUCUGCUCGUGUGGUGAAUACCUUGCUGACUGAAUUAGAUGGCGUGGAGAACCGUAGUCAAGUCUAUGUCAUUGCAGCUACCAAUCGUCCUGAUAUGAUUGAUCCUGCCAUGUUGCGUCCUGGUCGUUUGGAUAAGCUGCUCUACGUUGAGCUACCUACGCCUUCUGAAAGAUUAGACAUCUUGACGAAAUUGAGCAAAAAGACACCACUAGGCCCUGAUGUGGAUUUAGUUGAAAUUGCAAAUGAUGCUCGUUGUGAAGGUCUCUCUGGUGCAGAUCUGGCCUCCUUGGUGAGAGAGAGUGCUGUUGCUUCCUUGAGAGCUAGAUUCUAUACAUCGGGAGUCAUGGCUUUGGAUGCGAAAUCAUUAAGCGCUCAAGAUAUCUUUGUGACGAAGAAAGAUUUCGAUAUGGCAUUUACCAAGGUGUCGCCUUCUGUUCUCCCUCAGGACAAAAUCGCUUUUGACAAGUUGAGAAAGAAGUACGGAUAA